UUCCGUUGGCRAUCAUAACAGUAUGAUGCCCUCGAUAUUGACCAUUCUCAAAAUUUCUGAAAUGUAUUGUUGAUCGUUAUAUCGCCGUUCAAAGGGAGUUUUCACGGUUUUAGGGUUACCGUUUCUGUAUAAUCAAAAACUUCAAUUGAAAAAGCAAUUAAGUGUAGAAACCGCGUCAUUUUAAUUUUCACUGCAACAAUGCAUCGCGGUCUUGGGAUGCGGUAUCAUCCUUUUCAGUAUGCAUGAUUUCCUUGUUCCWCGAAUUAUAACAAUGCAUCYAGAGAAGUCCCGCAGAGCGAGCUGGAAACACAUCGUAUUUGUUGUUAAAAUCAAGGAAAACUUCAAAAAAGCACACUUACCAUGGCAUCAAGUCUGAGACGCAAUCUUGAGGACCAGGUUACUUGCGCAAUCUGUCAUGAGCACUACAGAGACCCACGACUGUUGCCAUGCUUACAUACCUACUGUAAACAAUGCUUGGAUGAUCUUGUCAAAGCAUCGCGAAAUAAGAAACAGAUUGCAUGCCCUGAAUGCAGAGAAGUUGUCAAGCUUGGUCAGUCCCAUUGGAACGGGUCAACUUAAAGCUAAUUUCCAGAUGAACCAACUGAUGUCGCUCCUUACCAUCUCUACUCGUGAAGAAACAAAAAGCAAGGAGGAAGCAAAGGGCCCAGGUUUGCCGUGUGAAAAUUGUACAAGCAAAGAUGCCUCUAAAGGAAGAUGCUUUGAAUGUUGCAAGUUCAUGUGCGACUUUUGCUUGAAAACCCACCAGCGUUUCCUGGAAACCAGAGACCACAAGAUCAUGACACUUGAAGAAGUCAAGAAACAAGGUGCUCCAGCCAUGACACAACAAGUUAAAUGUGAGAAACACAAAGGCGAAGUCAAAAAACUUUACUGUGAAUCCUGUCAGCAGUUGAUUUGUCGUGACUGCACCAUCAUCGACCAUCGUGAUCACAAGUUUCAGUUUAUAGAUGAAGUGGCUGGCAGACAUGUCAAAAAUCUCAAAUCAGAUAUAGAGAACGCUACAGCAGUGAAAGAUCGCAUCCAGCAAUCUCUGGAGGAAAUAAAAACGACCAAAUUCAAUAUAAACGUCACAGCUGUGCAAAUGGGAAAAGAUGUUGAUAAGGCGAUAGAUCAGAAAAUUCAAAGUUUGGAACAGCAACGAAAAGCUCUUAAGAAAGAGGUUGAGGCAAAGACAAAUGUUAAAAUUGGAAAUCUCGAAAAGCAAGAGAAUGACAUUCUAACAAAGAUGAAAAAUUUGAAAAGUGCAAUUGAUUUUACAGAAAACGCUCUUCAAAGCACAAACGUGAAUAUUUUGUCAUUGUCAUCAGAAGCCGGUUCUCGAUUGAAAUCAUUAACCCGCAUCCAGUUCAAAGGCCAACCUUGUGAAAAAGAUACAUUGUUUUUUCAAGAUGAUGACCAGAAAUUUCAGAACAUUUUGAAAAGUAUGAUGAAAGUUCUUGAAAAUAAGAAUCAGUAUGACGCUGGACACCAACCUGGACGACCUGGAAAUUAUGGCUACUUGCGCCAUUACUACGGUAAUGAGUGAUGUUCAAGGAAUAUGAUUCAUUGAUACUUCUAGAGAUUGACCAGAGAUUCCAGGAAAUUGUCCAACAUAUGAUGCAAAUUUUAGAAGGCUACUAGCACACGUCUCGCACAGCAACACCUCGCAUCCAUGCUGUUUAUCCUGCUCAUGGUACACAGGGGCAAAACCAGCAGUAGAACUCACCAAUAGCUGGUAUAUCUUCUGUCUGAAGUGCAUUGUUGAUUUUUCUCGAUAUAGUAAUAUGAUGGUUACCCAUUGUGGUCGCUAAUGAUUUCAAGUAAAAGAAGAUAUCUGAAAAGACCUUAGUACUUUAGUGUUCAAUCAAUUUGUACGGGUUGUUGUUAGCCUGCGUAUCGGCCCUAAGGGGAUUGGGGAGGGCUUUAAGCUAGCGGGGAGUGGGGAGGAAAAAUAGGAAGAGCCUUCCUAUUUUUCCUCCCCAAUCCCCGUUCGGCCAGCCCUCCCCAAUCCCCUUGGGGCCGCUACGCAUGUUGUUUUUGGUGUUGUAUAUUUUUUUGCUAAGUAACAAAACAAAAGCAAAAUAGAUAUCUACUGUAAAAGGUAGAAGAAUUCUAGACAGAAAAGAUGUUAUGUUGUUGCAGUAUUGUGUCCUUUGACUCACGGGGCCGGAUUGUUUAAAGCUCGGCCCAGGGGAGUAAGCUGCACUUACUGCACUGAUUUUCAUUUGAGCAUAUUAAUAUUCAAUAGAAAUGUACAUGUAUUAUAAGUAGUCACUCUGAGAAAUGUAAUUUUUAAUAAUAUAUAAAUUGAAGAAAGAGUUGUGCUUGAGUGGAUGUUCUUUUGUAAUUCAGUUUAUUGUACAUGUUUUUCUCUUUAUCAC